AUGACUCUCACAACUCCGCGAGAGGUUCACCUUCAAGUGUCGUCUCCCACUACACAACGAGUCACACUACCUUGUGACAAUACAAUCAUUCCACAUUCGGCAACGAACACUUUACGCCCAUACAUCAAGCAUUGCAUAAGACAUGUCAACUGCAUCGACCAUGUUGCAUGCUUACUCAUGGCUCGCUCAUGUCCAAGUCAAGACAUAGCGAUCCAACACACCAUCGAUUCACCCACACUUCUAUCGGUCAUUCCUUUAGCAUCCACGACAGCCCACAUCCUUAAGCUAUACACGCAAGCUGUCAUACUUGCAUGUCUCCCAAGCCUUGGAGACAUAUGUAUUCCGAAUGUCCCACAUAAUCCUCUAUGCAUUGCAUGGGGUCACAACCUAUGCGUACCGGCAUCCGAAUAUCUUCCUUCUAUCAUGGACAAGGCCCAACCCAAGCCAAGUCCAUCGAGUAUUGUCAAAUGCCUCGCUAGCCGAUGGCAUAGCGAAUGCCAUACGUUGACCUCACUCUUUAUAACAAUGCGCAAUACGAACGGCCCCGUGUGUUCGUACUGUCCUCGAGAAUUCCUUUCCCUCGAAGACACAGAUUAUCCUUCAACAAUCUUAUGCCCACCCUUAGGACUACCUCAAAUGGCACAAGGAUGCUCGCUUAGUGCCACAAGGGUGUAA